AUGUCGAAAGUCUCGGUCUGCGACCUUGUUGGACGCUCCCUGCAGCUGGAGCUUCCAGGAACAGAGACCGGGAAAGGCAUCAAAGAUGCCGUGGCCAAGGUCUGGGAACUGGAUCCCGUCAGCUUUCGCCUGCUUUGCAAGGGCGAGCGGAUGGAGGAAGAGAGAACCCUGGAGAGCUUCCUUGGUGAAGAGGAUACACUGGAGCUGCAGCUUCUGAAGUUCGACCCUCUCCUGGACCUUGGCAUCUUUGAGAAGAGCAUGCACAAGGGCAUCGAUCUUAAAGGUCCCCGCUCGAGCCUCAAGAAGACCAUGGGGGUCCCGGACUCCAACAACGUCUUCCUGCGCCACAAGAUCCUGGAGCCCUGCUUCUAUGAGUUCGAGGUGAUCCGGAGCCGAGAUGAGAUGUCCUUCGGCGUGACUUACGACCGGGAGUCCAUGGAAAAGGUCUCGGGCUACUCGAACAUCAAUGCCAAGACCACCUGGAUCUUCUCGAAGAAGGCGGCCAUGCCUGUCUUCUUCUUCGGCGGAGAAAAACUGAGUAUUUCCAGCGGGGGCCGCGAGGGCCACCCUGGUGUCCAGGAGGGCGACCUUGUGGCGGUCUACUGCGAUCCGGAGAGUCGCCUUUGCGAGUUCUACUGCAACAGCAAGUUUCUGGCAUCCACCGAGUCUCUGGAAUCUCCCCUGCCGGAGUUCCAGGGAAGUCCCCUCUUCAUGUACUGCAUGGUGGACCAAAUUGAGGAUGAGGUCAAAAUCAAGAGAUUUGGCCCUGGCAGGCCUUACUAG